UGUGUGUGUGUGUGUGUGUGGACAGAAACAGACAGGCAGACAGGGGCGUGGAUGCCGAAUCAACUCCAAGAAGAAGUAAAUCACUCUGCUCUCAGUUCCCAGCUGGAGCAAGACGUGACAGCAGCACUCAGAGAAGAAGAAGAAGAAGAGGAGGAGGAAGAAGAAGAAGAAGAAGAAGAAGUGGAAGAGACAGCACCAAACUUUUUUCUCGUGUUGAGGUGAAUUACCAGGUUGCAGCGGGACAUCCGACCACCUGUGAGCCAUGGCAGACGACGCGUCCCACGCCGACCUCACCAACAGCGUCUCCGGCAGCACCCACACCAUCCCGGGCCCGCAGGUCGAAACCACGCCCGAGAAAGACAUCAUCAGCCCGAGCCUGAGCCCCUCCGCACCGGCCUCCCCGACCCCGACCGGCACCCUGUCCCGAAUGGGCUUCAAAGGCCUGACCAGCCCGACCGCGGCCGCGCCGGGCAGCCCCGUCGACCGCGGCCAGGUGAGCGCCAUCACCGUGGUGGCGCUGCUGGACAAGCUGGUCAACAUGCUGGAGUCGGUGCAGGACAACCAGCAGCGGAUGGAGCAGCGGCAGUCCGACCUGGAGGGCGCCGUGCGGGUGGUGCAGGGCGACGUGACCCGCCUGUCCAAGACCCACGUCUGCACCUCCAACAGCGUCAGCAAGCUGCUGGAGCGCUCGCGCAAAGUCAGCGGGCACCUGAAGGAAGUGCGGGAGCGCCUGGACAAGCAGGCGGUCCAGGUGAAGAAGCUGGAGUCCAACCACAACCACCUGCUGAAGAGGAACAACUUCAAAGUGCUCAUCUUCCAGGAAGACAAUGAGAUUCCUGCCAGCGUGAUGGUCAAGGACUCCCUUAAGACCCCACAACCAAGCCAGUGUGAUGCAGAAUCUAUCCUGCCAGCUCCAUCUGUUACAGGCUCUGUUGAUGGCGCCCGUACCCAUGAGGAGGGUCUUCAAUCCAUUAGCCUGUCCUCUGAUGAGGGGAGUUUUGCAGCACAUGCAGAAGGCGAUGAAAUGCUGGAGUGCGAGGAUGCAAUGGGUAUGGGCACUUCCCGCACAUUUGAGAGAAGGGCUGACAAGUUCAAGCGUAACAGUCUCAAGAAGGUUGAUAGCCUCAAGAAGGCCUUCUCACGUCAGAGCAUCGAGAAGAAGAUGACCCAGAUCACCACAAAGAUUGUGCCACCGGAGAAGCGUGAGAAAAUCAAGAAGAGCCUCACCCCUAAUCAUCCCAAGAGCCCGACUACCAAGAGCUCCUCAUUCAAGGUGUCUCCCAUGACCUUUAAUGUCAAAAAGGUCAGAGAUGGCGAGGCCCCAACACAAGUUAUGUCUUCACCCGAGGAAGGAGUCCAUGUGGAGAUUCCUCCUCUGGGAAGGUUCGAUGGAGAGAUUCCCUCAGCAGAGAUGCAUACUGACGACGCUGUUUUCGAAGUGAGUCCCACCAGCCCAGAGAGCAUGAAGCUGGGGCUGGCAAUCAAUGGGGAGUCACCAAGCAUUCAGCACCAGUUCAAUGGCAAUCUUGCUGACCUGGCAGUUCCAGAGGACGACGAAGAUGUUGGUGUAGAGGAUGAAGAAGAAGAAGAGGAAGAAGAAAAAGAGCAACACAAAAGCCUUAUUGAGACGGCAGCAGAUAUCCAGAUUUCCUCAGCAAAUGCUGUCGAGCAAGUGAUUCCCACAGCAACGCUUGCUGUUGAGCAGUCGACUUCCACAGCAACAACUGCUGUAGAGCCAACGAUUGCUGUGGAGCAAACAAUUGCUCAAGUGUCUUAAUUUGAUUUUAGCACCAAUUCUAGUUUCCCAUUCUUUCUCCCCAAAGUUUCUACAUUUCUCAACACCCAGCAGGCACAAAUGUGUUCUUGUGUUAGUGUUCUUGCUACAAACACACAUACACUUAAAACAUACUCUCAGCUUCCUAAGAUAGUCCAUUCUUGGACGAUUCCUGCAGCACAACCUUUGAUGAUCACCAGUAAAGUGUAAAAAACUUGACACGAACUGCCCAAGCAACUAGACAUGACAGGGUCUAGAAUCAAAAUUCAAUGCAAAUGCUUCCUAACCCCUGUAGCAGGGUUGUCUAAAUAAAGCAACAUUGCAGCAAUGCACCAUAACUCACUCCCAUCAACCGGUGCCCAUCUCUUCAGUAGCAGCGCAUCACCAGGGCGCUGGGCCAACUAUCUCCCUCCUGCUGUGUUGGUCUCUGGAGCUGUUUUUCCUCACUGACAGAUAGCCUCUUUGUUCUUUCUGUGUUUUUGUGAAAAAUAGUAAAUCUUUGGCAACAGUGGUACUGCCCACAGCCGGUUGAGGCAGUGUGUUGCCAGGUUGUGCAAGAGUUGGAAUGGGGGAGUUUCUGGGUUUUCGGGGAAAAGGUCCUAGGGUGUUUUGUAGUGAACUAGAGGUCGUUUACUGAAUUCUUCAGACCUGCUCUAAAAAAGCCCAGCUCUUAGCUAACAGAAUACUUUAAUUCAGUAGAAGUGGCACUGCCUUAUCCCCCAUCCUUCGGGACCUCCAGUUCUUCAUUUCAGGCUUUAUCAUUGAUGGCCCACCUAGAACACCAGACGAGUUGCGUGUCUUAUUUCAGAAUAUUUUAGUAAUUUGUGCUUGCCUAUUGAGUAAAUAAAAAUAAACCUCCAGGUGCUGAAAAUUAGAAUAGAUGGAAUUUGAAAUAGUAUAAAUGUUCUUAAGAAUCACACUAAUCAAUACUUUUAAGAGCGGUAAUAAAAUAACAUUGUUCGAAAAUGCCAGAUAACAUGUUCGUGCUCUGUCGCUAUAAUGCAAAUGAAGGACAUCAAUGCGGGAUAGGAGCUGCUCUAGAUAGCGAGCAACAAACCCUAGCAAUACAAAGUACCUGACAGAUUUUAACACUGACAUAUUGAUGUUCGUUUGCAGCCCUUUGUCGCCUCUGCAGGGCAACUUUGUAUGUUUAUGUACAGUAAUCUUUUUUGUCUUUUUUUUUGUGAGGCACACUACUCUCUAGGUAUAUCGUAUACACCAUGAAUUAGUAACCUUAUGAUAACUGCCUUGAGUGUGUGUACUCAUAACAGUAAAUGUUGUAUCUGUGAAUUUGUUUUUGAGUUACUAUAUCAUACGUGGGUGUUUUGUAAGUCGCCUUUCUCUUCAGGAAUCCAUAACUUGCAUGGUGAAAUGUUUACUCAGUUUCAAAUGUUUAACAUAUAAAUACUAUCUUGUACAUUUGCCACGGCACCAUCACUCUUACUCUCCUCCAUACAUGCAUGCAUGUACUCCUACAGUGCCUUUACCUAGCACAGGCUGGUAUAGUAAGUACACUCCUUAAGGGGAUGGAUUCUUAUAUUACUGUAGAUAAGAGUAGGAGUUAAACAUGCCUGAUUACUGAUUGAUGUUUUUCUCUGUCUUCUGGGAAAUAUCUUACAACUAUCACUUUGUGGGACAUAGUCUUUGAUACCAACAACAUGAAAGCCAAGAAAGUUUUAAGUUAAAAGGAAGUGCAAAAACCUUUGCAAUCAACUUCACAUCUGCCUGAAAGUUUGUAUAAAAUGACCUUGCUCUUGUUGCACAUUGUUAGUGCUUCACCAGCCGAGGCUACAGAUGUCUAAUGCCACGACUCCCCAAAAAUAAUUUAGCAAGUGAUACCAGGUGCCGAGGCCCCAGAUACUAGAGAGGUCACAGAAGUGGAUAAAGGCAGAGGACAGCAUUCCUAGCGUUGACGGAUGACUCCUGCUCAGCCCAUUUUUCAUGCUCUUCGCGUCCUUGUUUAGACGGUGUGAAGAGUGGAAGAAGCUCUCUGGAGCCACAGGUGUUCUGCCCCUGUGGAGGCUCCUGGGCAUGAGCUUGUAGUGGAAGAGAGACAAGUGUGGGUGUUUUGAAAAGUGGGAAAGGACUUCAGCUGUUGGAAAGGAUGAUAAAGUUGCCUUGGGGGUGAAGCAAAUGGGAAGCUUGACAGAAAGGUAUUAAAAUUAAGAGUCUGAAAUGCAUUAGAGCAUGGGAACUGAAAUAUGUUGAAGAGGGAAUACCAGUGUCUGACCUUUACGCCGUUACAUGCAUUAUACUUAUUGUCUAGAUAAGAUAAUACAAAUCUUAAGUCACAAUAAGGUGCCAGAAAUAUUUUUGAUAUCUUAACCAUGAAAGAAAAUCACUGUCAUGCUUUAUAAUUAUCUAGUACAUACGGGAGAAAUGAAAUAGCACAGUUUUAGGCCCUUUAAGUGUUUCAUAACUUAGAGAAAAUUGACCUGCCAGUUGGCUCGAUGGGAUCGUUAAGUAAAUAAAUAAUUCAGCAUACGUGUGUUUUAUUAAAUGAUCUUGUUCACUUUUUUUUGUUUUGUUUAUCCUUCUUUGUGUAAAAACUGAAAAGGGAUCGAAACACUAGGCUUACAUGUACAUUAUCUGUACUGUAGAGGUUAAAAAUGUGACUGGCUUCGAGGUAUUUCCUUGUCAUUCAUGCAACUGUUUUACUUUUGUGACAUCUUUGUUUGCUAAUAUUUACACUUUCUGUAUGUGUUUAAACGUCUGUUCGUAUUUGUCCUGAAAUCAGAUGUUUAAUCAGGAUUACAUGUGAGAACUUUUAUUUUGUUAGAAAGUUAAAAAAACAUUACAGAACUGUCAGGUAGUGAUAUAUUGCCUUAAACAUCCUCUUUGUUGAUAUAAAGUUCUUACUUUAUGGCCUUUUUGUGUAGUUGAUCACUUAAACCAAAGAAGUUUCCUUCACAGCAGAAGAUUCCCUUGCCACUUUCAUUGUACUCCUACUGAUGCUAUUUUUUUCAAGCAUCUUGUAAACAUGCCGGCAUUUCCUUUCAAAAUUUAGUAUUGUAUACAUCAAUAAAGACUUUAU